AUGGCCAAGGACACCCUGGACGUCCGCCCUCCGCGGACCUCUUCUCGCUCCCCCAGUCGCUCGCCCCGGCCCAAGAACCGCAAGAAGGCUACAGCAGUAGCCUCAAGCUACCAAUCAGAUGGCGUUACAGAUAACGACAUCUUCAACCUCCCGACAUCCGACUACAAGGUCAUGGUUCUGGUGACGUUGGUAGCCGCCGUGGUGCGGCUCUUCAGAAUCUACCAGCCGACCAGCGUUGUCUUCGACGAAGUGCACUUCGGUGGAUUUGCGACCAAAUACAUCAAAGGCCGCUUCUUCAUGGACGUCCACCCCCCUCUAGCCAAACUCCUUAUUACACUCGCUGGAUGGCUUGCUGGUUUCAAAGGCGAUUUCGACUUCAAGGAGAUCGGAAAAGACUAUCUUGAACCGGGAGUGCCAUAUGUGGCCAUGCGCAUGCUUCCCGCCCUCCUAGGAGUGCUCACUGUACCCAUUAUGUUCUUGACCCUGAAGGCUACCGGAUGCCGUACCGCCACUGCUGUGCUAGGAGCUGGUGCCGUCCUUUUUGAAAACGGAUUGAUCACGCAAUCCCGUUUCAUCCUCUUGGAUUCUCCUCUGGUGUUUUUCACGUCCCUCACUGCAUUGUCCUUCACUUGCUUUACGAACCAACAGGAAUUAGGGCCAUCGGCUGCCUUCCGCGGACCCUGGUGGUUCUGGCUGGUCGCUACUGGAUUGAGUCUGGGUGCCACUCUCAGUACCAAGUGGGUUGGUCUAUUUACAGUCGCCUGGGUUGGUUCCCUGACCAUCCUCCAACUCUGGGUUGUCCUCGGAGAUACCAAGACUGUUACCCCCCGUCUCUGGUUCAAGCAUUUCUUUGCCCGGGUGUUCUGCUUGAUCGUGAUUCCCUUGGGUUUCUACUGCUCUAUGUUUGCAAUCCACUUCCUGUGCUUGGUCAACCCUGGAGAAGGUGACGGUUUCAUGUCCUCUGAGUUCCAGGCGACUCUAAAUUCAAAGGGCAUGGCCGCUGUGCCCGCGGAUGUUGUCUUCGGCUCUCGCCUUAGCAUCCGCCAUCAUAAUACGCAGGGCGGAUAUUUGCACUCCCACAGCCAUAUGUAUCCCACUGGAAGCAAACAGCAGCAGAUCACCCUUUACCCCCAUAAGGAUGACAACAACCUGUUCAUCGCUGAGAACCAGACUCAGCCUCUUGGCGCAGACGGUGCAGAAAUUGCGGGUCCUUUUGCUUGGGAUAACAUCACGACAAACUAUAUCGAAGAUGGCGCAGUCAUCAGGCUCAACCACAUGAUGACCCAGCGGAGGAUUCACUCCCACAACGAACGGCCCCCAGUGACCGACGUCGAUUGGCAAUUCGAAGUCUCUGCCUACGGAUACGAAGGUUUCCCUGGUGAUGCUAACGACUACUGGCGCAUUGAGAUUGUCAAGUCAUUGUCGGAUGGCGAAGAGGCCAAGAAGCGAUUACGGACUAUUCAGUCGAAAUUCCGCCUGGUCCAUGUCAUGACUGGCUGUGUCCUGUUCUCUCAUAAGGUAAAACUUCCCGAAUGGGGUUUCGAUCAACAGGAAGUCACUUGCGCAAAGGGCGCCUCUUUGCCCAACAGCAUUUGGUACAUCGAGAACAACAAGCACCCCAUGCUGCCUCCGGAUGCUGAGAAAGUCACCUACCGAAACCCAGGCUUUUUCGGCAAAUUCUUCGAGCUCCAGAAGGUGAUGUGGACUACCAACGCUGGUUUGACCGACUCGCACGCCUGGGACUCACGCCCCCCUUCGUGGCCUACUUUACUCCGUGGUAUCAACUUCUGGGGUCGCGACCACCGUCAGGUUUACCUCUUCGGAAACCCAUUCGUCUGGUAUUCGUCUACUGCAGCCAUCUUGGUUUACGUUAUCUUCAAAGGAAUAUCCCUCCUACGUUGGCAACGUAACUGUGAUGACUAUCGCAGCUCAACCUUCAAGAGGUUUGACUACGAAAUCGGUACCGCUGUUCUUGGCUGGGGCUUCCACUACUUUCCGUUCUAUCUCAUGGCCCGUCAGCUCUUCCUGCACCACUACUUCCCCGCUCUUUACUUUGCUAUCCUUGCGCUGGCCCAGGAAUUUGACUUCAUCACGAGCCGUAUUCGCAGCUUUGGUCUGCCAUCUCGGCCAGUCAUUGGGAAGGCCUUGGCUGGUGUCUUCCUAGGGCUCACGAUCUUCGCAUUCACCCUUUACUCUCCUCUGGUUUAUGGAAACCCGUGGACAAAGGACGCCUGCCGGCAGGUCAAGCUUCUGAAGACCUGGGACUUCGACUGCAAUACUUUCUAUACUGACUUGAAUCAAUAUGUAACCCACUUCACCAGCGCGAACCCCGCUGUCCCAACAACGCCGGCAGCUAUCCCUCGGUCGGUGGCCGCUCCGGCCAAGGCCCAGCCGAAGCAGGAGAAGGAGGAAGCCAAGGUUGAAAGUCCGGAAUCAAGCAUCACAUCCAGCAGCUCUCCGAAACUUCGCGGAACCCAGGCACGAGUCGAAUACCGUGACCAACAGGGUAACAUCCUCGAUGAGGCUGUGGUAGAGUCAUUACGAAAGGAGGGCAAAGUAUCAUUUGAGACGAAACAUGAGACUCGAACUCGGCUGGAGCAUGGCCACUUAGUGGACGUUGUCGAUGGCAAGGUCGCUCCGCCUCACCCGGAUGUUGAAGGUCAGAAUCCUGAAACUCAAGGCAAGGCAGACGAGAUUGUGGAGGACAGUCCAGCCUCUGCAGCUGGUGCAGGAAGCUCGGUGGAAGAGCCAAAUUCUCCUGAGCCUAGGCCCGCCAGUGAGGGAAAUGAGGCCACCAAUUGA